GCACCCGCACCGUUCGCACACUUGCCCAUCCCGCGCAGUCUUGUGCGAUACCAUGCCAGAAGGCCUGCGCAGGGAUCAUUUUCCGCCAGCCAGGGAAGUCACCGAACUAACUACGCCGGGUGUCGACACUGCAACGAGCCAUGACGGCAGACGUCGCUGCUAUGCUGGCUGUUGCCUUUUGUGGAGAGCUGGCUCUCCACUGUGGAUUUCCCACUCUCCCUGGCCAUGGCUUUGUCAGACGAUCCUGGCUCAAUCAGCUGGGAAUGAUGCCAAGCUAGUUGUUCUCUGGAGGUGAAGAAGGUUAGUUUGUUCCAGUGACCAUUGAGCUCCUGCAGACAGAGAAAAAGGCAGUCGUGUGCUUCGGCAAGACGAGCAAAUCGGCCGCUGUCAUUGCGGCGCAGAAAGUGGUGUUGUGCGCGCCUUCAAGUUCAUCCUCGCUGGUACCACGGCACACACGGGUGCAGUCGUGAAAGUGAAAGUCGAAGCGGCGGCGGGGUUGUUCUGUAGCUGACGAACAAGCACCCCACUUCGGGUGCGCUGGUGUCGUUGUGCAGUUGUUUGUGGCCCACGAGCAGGACGGCGACCAUGUCAAUGAAGUCAGGAGGUUGGCUGCUGCUACCGAGCAUUCUGCUUUUGCUCAGCGCAGUACCGUGCAGGGUGUCAGGCAAUAGCUACGUCGUGUCUUUUCCGUGUUCCAUCCAUCCUGGCGAGCCCACGAAUAUUGGUCUGUCAGUGCUGCGCUCCGUGGGACGAGAGACGGUCGUAACGGUCAGGAUAAGUCAUUACGAGGAAGUACUGAUGGAGCAACGGGAGGUGGUGACCAGCAAGCGCCAUCUCGCCAUCCCGAUACAGAUGCCGAUGAACAUCGCCCCGCUGGUGCACAAUGCCGUGAACCUGACAGUGAGCGGUGUGGGUGGUGUAGACUUCUCCAACACCAGUCUCGUGACAGUUGGCAGAGCGGGCUCGGUUUUCAUCCAAACGGACAAACUUGCCUACAAGGCUGGUCAAACUGUGCAGAUACGUGUUGUGGCUGUUCAUCGCAGUCUGAUGCCCUACAGCGCCCAGGCGAACGUGGACGUGUACGACGCGCUCCACAACAAGAUCCACCAGUGGCAGAACGCUUCUCUGGACACGGGCCUGUGGACCGGUGAACUGCCGCUGUCCUCACAGCCCGUCCUGGGUACCUGGUCCAUCCGCUACUUUGAGGACGGAAUGCGCUCAUCGCAGGUUCAGGAAUCGUUUGAUGUGCGCGAGUACGUGUUGCCGAAGUUCGAGGUGACCCUGACCGCGCCGGAGCAGGUCUCCAUGGACGACUUUGCUAGCUUGACGGUGCAGGCGAAAGCAACGUACACUCACGGCCGACCCGUCCGUGGCACGGUCAACAUCCAGGUGUCGCUGGACUCGUCAUUCCGGCCUCUGCCGCCCCAGUGCAUGGACCGGGGCGGCUUCGUACCGUACCAGGACUACCAUCGCCCGGCCAAGCAGGUCGUCAGCAACGUGUUUGUGCUGAACAAGCAGGGCGAGGCGACGUUUGUGAUGCGUCGUCGCGAAUUCACCCACCAGCUGCUGUGCGGCGGGACCUUCCAGGACUUCAACAUGUACGAGCGCUACAAAUUCAUGGCCAACGCAUCCGUCAUGGAUGAUGUAACCGGAGAAAUACAAUGGACCACCGCUGAAACGAUGAUAGUCAAGUCGUCGCUGACCAUAAAGUUCGACCCGUAUAUCACUCGGCAAUACUUUCAGCCAGGUGCGUUGUACCCGGUGCGUAUACUAGUCACAGAUCUUGACGGCAGUCCCAGCAGAAACAACACGGAGGUGAAGUUCACGCUGGAAACCAUGACGACCAACAAGACACGCAGCGAGAAGGUUCAGAGCCUGCACGUCCGCAACGGCGUUGUCACCAUGGCGAUUAAUGUUGAGUCGGAUGUCACGUACAUGUCACUAAAGGCCGACCUGGAACCGAACGUCCGCAGCACAUUCACCCCGAUACGAUUCUACUCUCCCAGCGGAAACUAUGUUUCCCUGGCAACAGAGCGGUCGGCAUAUACGGCGGGCGAGGAUAUCGUGCUGACAGCAACAUCUACUCUACCCGUGCCGGAGUUUGUUUUCAUGGUGAUAGCUCGGUCUGAACUUCAGCUGUACACGGAGGUCAAGACCAAGCCAGCAACACCGACAGAAGCUGCCGUGACGUUCAAGAUCAGUCCCCGCAUGGCGCCGUCGAUGAAGGUGCUGUGCUAUUACGAGGUCAACAACGAGAUGGUGAUCGACUCACAGGAGAUAUCCGUCAGUGGGGCAUUUGACAAUAACGUCAGUAUUGAGUUCGAUAUGACACGAGCCGAGCCCGGUGCUAAUGUGUCUGCGAUCGUCCGGGCAGCGCCAGGAUCCACCGUUGCUAUUGGUGUCAUCGACAAGAAAGCUCAGCUGUUGGCCCGGGGCAAUGAAAUCACUGUGGAGCGCGUGGAGAAGGAUCUCAGCUCGUACAGUUCAAGUUCUGUCAGCUCCUACGCAGGCGGAAGCUACCUCGGUGGUGCUCAGGUUAUGCAGCGCAAGAAGCGUCUCGCUCUACCGUCCUUCACUAGCCGUGGAUAUCAUCAGGAAGAGAUGGCAGCCAGCGAUGUCCUGAGCCAUGCCGGGCUCUGCAUGCUGACGGAUGUUCAUAUUCCUGAGUCGCCACGGCAAAGGUACCGCCCACAGACGCGAAAUCUUGGACAGGUUCCCGCGGAUGCGAUGGCAAUGCAGCCGCCCGUAGCUGCCCGUGGCUUCAUGGCAGCAGGCCCCGCGGCAGGUGCCAGCUUCGCCCAGCCUAGCCGCGUCCGCACCAACUUUCCGGAGACGUGGCUGUGGCUUACGGGCACAGCCGACAGUGACGGCAUAGCCAAGCUCAGCGGACAGGUUCCGGAUAGCAUCACCACCUGGGUGGGCGACGCGUUCGCUCUCUCGUCCGCGCAGGGACUCGGCGUGGCGCCAAGCAAGGCUCAGCUGACCGCCUUCAAACCGUUCUUCAUCACCCUGAACCUCCCCUACUCGGUUAUCCGCGGAGAAGAGCUCAGCCUCCAGGUGAAUUUGUUCAAUUAUUUGUCCGACAUGGAGGCUUUUAUCCAUCUCCAGUCGUCUGAGGAGCUGACAGUUGUUGGCUCAAGUCCUGGCGAGCUUGUUACGAAGAAUCUGACCACCAUGCAAGGUGGUGCAGGUAGUGUCGAGUUUCUGGUAAUCGCGCAGAAGGCCGGUCACGUCGCAAUUGAUGUCACUGCGCGAUCGCCGAAAGCUGCCGAUCGCAUUCGUCGUCAGCUGCUCGUCGAAGCUGAGGGCGUCCAGCAUUCCUACUCCAUGGGAGUUCUGCUAGAUCUGACCGAGAAGGAGCAGUCCAAGCGUGAUCUCGGGCUUCAGCUGCCGUCCGGAAUAGUACCCGACUCGGUUACGGCCAAGUUCUCCGUGAUUGGCGACAUCAUGGGCCCGGCUCUGUCCAAUCUCGACCAGCUGUUGCUCAUGCCAUCCGGCUGCGGCGAGCAAAACAUGCUGGGCUUCGCGCCCGAUGUAUUCGUCAUGAAAUACCUCACAGCGACCGACCGCAGUACGGGAGAAAUCGCCGAGAAGGCAACGCGAUACAUGCGCCAAGGCUACCAGAGGCAGCUGACGUACAUGCACGCUGAUCGCUCGUUCAGUGCGUUCGGCAAGCGCGAUCCAAGCGGCAGCCUGUGGCUGACGGCGUUUGUUGCAAAGUCGUUUGCGCAGGCGGAACCGUUCAUUUUCAUCGACACGAGCCUGCUGAGCCAAUCCCUGCACUACAUUGUGCGUCAGCAGAAGAGCGACGGCUCGUUCCCGCUUGUCGGCAUGGUCCACCAUCAGAGCAUGAAGGGAGGCUUGCAGGGAGAGGUGGCCCGUACUGCCUACGUACUGACGGCCCUGGUGGAAGCACAGCUAGUCACGUCCAAGGACUCCGCGGCAGCUGGCGACAAUUCCGUCGGGGUGGCUGUCGACAGUGCACUUAUGAGAAGUCGAAAGUACCUGGAGAACAAUUUCAGGUCGGGAAUAGCCGACAACUACACACUGGCACUGACAGCGUAUGCUCUCGGUCUUUCAGGCAGCCGAGAGGCACAGAAAGCUCUGGACAUGCUCGUUGGUCAUGCCGACCGCUCCGGUGGUGCCAUGUCGUGGAGCGAUGCACGAUCGGAUCAGACGGCCAAGUCGAGCGAUCUUAGCUUCCUGUCAGUCAGUCCAGCACGUGCGUCUGAUAUCGAGCUGACGGCUUACGGACUGCUCGCACUCCUGCAAGCAAAGGACAUGGCGAGCGCUUCGUUGGUAGCGAGAUGGCUGUCCACCCAACGUAACUCGCUCGGUGGAUUUGGAUCGACACAGGACACAGUUGUUGGAUUGCAGGCUCUCUCCGAACUGGCCGUGUCCAUGAGCUCCGCCAAGCAAGACGUGAACAUUAUUUUGAGCAGCACUGCGUCGGAGUCCUUCAAGAAGUCAUUCCGGGUGACGCAGCAGAACACGGACGUCCUCCAAACAGCCCUGGACAUCCCUGUUCCCGGUACCCUGACCGUCAGGGCAGAGGGAAGCGGCUAUGCCCUGGUAACGGCUGAAGUGUUCUACAACGUACCGGAAGGAUCGUCGUCUGGGUACGAGAUGAGCGCCACCUGCAGCCUGGAAUCGUUCCGCACAGGGUUAUCGGCUAUCUGCGACUACUGCACAGCUGCAGAAGUGGCAGCCAAAGAGGCCGGCGGCAUGUCCCUACUCGAGAUCACAGUUCCGUCCGGCUUCGAGGCCGAUGUCGACGCACUGCGCAUGGCUACGAUAAACCAUCGGCUCAUCAAGCGCGUUGAGUCGCCGGACCGUAGGUUAGUGCUCUACCUGGACGAAGUGCCUGAGCAAAAGCUCUGCGUGUCGGCUCAUCUCCGUCAGGUCAGUGACAUCAGCAACGUGCAGCCCGUCGUCAUGAGAACCGUCAACUACUACCAGCCCUCGGUUAGCUCCGCUCUGCUGUACAACGUGGCCACAGUGGACUCGUGUCGACGAGCUCACGUCACCAGCUGCCCCGUCGUGUCAGCCAUGGAUGAUUACACUCCCUCCAGUUCCAGCACAGCGUGUUUCUCAGCCACACUGGUGGUUGGCCUGCUUACUUUCUCCGUGCUUUUCCUCUGAGUGACUCUAUUCUGAAUGUUCCGUGUUUUCUUGCACUCUAAAUCCGGCGCCGCUGAGCGUGCAUGCUUCUGUAUGUCUGGGUGUUCUGCUUCUCGCUAUUGCUGCAGCAACUACUGCAGCUGUUACUGCUGUAUGAAUCAGCCCUCAGUGGAGUGUUCCCAAACUUCUCGGCUUUCCACAUGUCCGUCCGAUUCCUUCUGCUAUAGUACGCAGACAAUUUCACAGAAAACUUGAGUUUUUUUUCCGCCUACACAUCCACAUACCGCUCCCCAUAAUUAUUCUGUGAUUCACAAGUGUUCAUGUUAUAUUCAAUUUAAGGUUGAUUUUGACUGCAUCAGUUUCUACACAAUACGUACACAGCUAGCUUGCUUGUAAACUAUGUCACUAAUGCCAGUAAUGGAAUCGGGUACUUCAGUUUAGUAGUAUAAUUAUACUAGUAAAUAAAUAAUAAAAAAUAAGUUCGACGGGUUCGCGUACCGGUCAGGUCAAGAACAAGGAGUCGUACAACUCCCUGGUCAAGAACCACCUUUCCGCUGCCGUGCGGCGCCACUACCCCAUGAUCAGGCGUCAGAUGCGGCUCCUAAACGGUGGGGGAGGAUAGAUCAGAUCCACCAACCAUAGGCCAAAGGCCUAAAUCCCAUUUGCCACGUCCAUGAUCAUUAUACUAGUAGGCUUUGAUAAUCUUCUAUUGUUAGGCAUGUGAUGUGCAGCACAUUAAUUUUCUAGAGUCCGUUUGCCUGCACGGUGCACCGAUUUGAUAUCGUUAUUAGCACAAUUAUUUUAGACCUCAGCUAGGAAUUGGUACCAAAUAGCAGCUUGUCGGUUCUGUUCUGUGAUCCCCUUGCAGUAAACGCCUGUGGAUAGGCGAUGCAUUC